UGCCCUCCGCCUGUGCCAAUUUUGGCCAUAGUAUUGGGCGUGAUCGCUGGUAUCGUCAUUCUUGGCUUAAUAUUGCUUCUCGUCUGGAAACUUCUCACCGUUCUGCACGAUCGUGCUGAAUUCGCAAAGUUCGAUAACGAGAGGCUUAUGGCCAAAUGGGACACUAAUGAAAAUCCGAUCUAUAAACAAGCGACAACAACGUUUAAGAAUCCAGUUUAUGCUGGCAAUUCGGCGAAGAAUAAGUAA